AGUGGAAUUUAGAUUUUAUAAAAGAGGGAGGUGAGAAUCAACCGAUUUCAAUUUUGAUUUUGAAGCGGGAGAGUCACUUCACUUGUGAUUGUAAAAAAAAUCUCAACAUCCAUAUCCAGAUAGCGGCAAUGGUGGAUGAAACCGAAGAACUCGAACCCUUGUUUGAUUACAGUCGCGUUCAACCCAAGAUCAUAUGCCUCGACGAUGAUGAUGAUGAUGAUGAUGAUGAUGUUGUUUGUGUUGUCACUAAGAAGAGAAAAAAGAAUUCUCAAUCUCAGCAUGUUGAGAAUGGUAAUGAGAAGAAGACUAAUGUGGAAGCGGUGCCGGUGACAUCGGUGGUGGACCUUGAGGAUGAUGAUUGGUUACCUUCUCCACCAAAGGUCACUAGUAAGAAGGCCCAAAAGAAGAAGACUGAUGAGGAGGAUUCAACUUUGAAGAAUUUGAGAUUGAAGAAGAAGGAGCUUGCCUCUUUUGCCGAGUCAGCAAAAGAAUUGUUAAAAAGUGUUGAGGAUUCCGUAGAAAUGGAUAAUUUGAAUUCAUUGCAUACUUCCAAGGAUGAUAUAAGUGAAAAAACAUCAAAACCUUAUGAACGAGCAAAGAUUCUCAUCUCUGUUCAAGACAAGGAAGGGACAAAGCAGAUUCGUAUGUUCAUGGAUGAUAAUUUUGAAAGGAUUAUUAAAACAUAUGCAGAGAAAAUGAAAUGUGAUCUUAAACAAAUUGUAUUAUCAUUUGAUGGUGAUAAAAUUAGUUCAUCUGAAACCCCUGCUAGCCUUGGAAUGGAAGACGAUGAUAUGAUUGAAAUUCAUGUGAAAUCAAGUUAAUUCAGAUCUUCAACCGUGGAGCUGAGAUUGACAUUUUGGCACUUUGUUUUUGGAUUUACAUCACCCUUCAAGUUUUGUUUUUUUAUGAAUUUUUACUGGUGAAAAAAACAAUUUCAGUUUUUAAUUUGUUCACAAUAUAUCAGGCCUAAUUGUACAGCACAUGUUUUGAGGGAAUGUAUUGGAACAUGGAACACUCUUUAGGUAAAAGUUUAUUAGAUGUAUGGGAUAGGUUUAUGAAAAUGUAUAAACCCUUCUAUUGUUGAUGUGCAUUAAUUUUGGGUUUUUGCAAUCA